GCUCCCACAAAUCUCUCCACCGGCUCAGCGGAGGAGGACAGGACGCUCCGGAGCUGCACGCGCACAAUGGACUAAAACUCCCGGAGAGAGAUCAACACUAUCAGCUGGACCCCGACACAAACAAGAGACUUCCUUUGAGUGCCUUUCUUCAGUCUCUGGACAUUCAGCUCCCGUCACAUCCCCAGGCAUGAUUCAGAGGAAGGAGGUGGUGCUGUCUGUGCUGGGGGAGCUCCAGGAGGCCACAGAGAGCUCCGGCCUGGAUGCUCUGACCAGAGUGGCCCUGGAGGUGGAUCGGGUCCUCGCUCCCUUUCAGCUGCCCGAGAGCCCCUGUCGUGAUUUCCCUGAGUGGGUGGGUGUGGAUGACACGGCUCAUGGCCUGUACCCACCUGAUGCACCCGUGGGCCUCCUGCCUCUGAACUGUAAGGGAGAAGGCAACCUGCUGUUUGAUGCCGUCAGCAUGCUGCUUGUGGGCAACACUGGACUCAGCUUGGAGCUACAGGUACGGACAGUUUUGGAGAUGGUGCUGUGGAAGAGAUACUACCUGUCUGGGAUGAUCGAUUCCAAAAUGAUGCUUCAGGCUGUUCGCUUCAGCCUCUGCGCCGAAGAGUCUGAGGACAUGCUCAACCUGCCUGUUACAGUCUUGGAGGCCAUCUUUGACGCAGAUGUCAAAGCGUCCUGCUUCCCGGGCUCCUACGCCAACAUGUGGCACGUGUACGCGCUGUCAUCAGUCCUGAUGUUUAACAUCUACUCCAUCUACCCCAUGUUCAACCACAAGAUCCGACCCUAUUUCAACCGCGUCAUACGUCCAAGGACCUGGCCGAAAGACUGUGAGCCACUAACCCUGCACAUCAUGUGGUCUGGCGCGAUGCAGUCCGAGUCCUUGUUCAGGCCGAACCACUUUGUGGCGCUAGCCCAGAGGAGCGACCUCACGUUUGGGAGCCCUGACAGCGAGCAGAGGGCGUCGCCGACCAAGAGCGAGGAGCUGCUGAACCAGGACUUGCAGCUUUCUUACGCAGGCCUGAAGGGAAAGUACAACAUCACCAAGAGAACCUUCUACCGCUGGAAGAGGCAGACGCAGGAACACUGCAAAAAGUCUGCAGCCAGGUACGAGGCAAAGUAUUUCCUGCAGGCCUGCUACUUGGAAGGGAAGCUCAUCCCUCUGCACCAGUUCAAAGAGUUUUUCCCUGAGAUCUCAAGGUCGUCGUACUACAACUGGAAGCACGAGCUCCUGAAAUCCGGAGGAAACUUCUCCACCUCGUCGUCAACCGGAGAGAUAAGUCCUGGAGAGAGCACGGAACAGGAAGCCUGGUCUUCACCUGAAGCGAAACAGGAUGAGCCGGAGCACCACGACAGCGUGGCCAGUAUGUUUGGCCUCAGCCUCGGCAAGCUGGAUCUGGAGCGGGCCCAAAACGUAGCUCACAUGCAGGAAGCUAAGCGCUGUCUGCAGAAUUGCAUCACCAUGAAUGCCUCCCUCCCCUUCAGGGUCUUCAAAAGAAACUUCCCAGGGAUCUCCAGAUCGACCUACUACAACUGGAGGAGAGAAGCUUUGAUGUUCAACCGCGGUUACAAAGGGAGCGUCGGCAGCAGCGAGGACAGCUCAGACGCCGACAAGAGCAACAGUCCCAAAAGUCUGUCGCCAGUCCUGCCUAACACCAACCAGUUGUUUGCACCUAGAGCGAGAAUCUGCAGGCGGAAACACAAAAGUUUCAGGCGGGCCUACAUGAGUAAAAAACAGCUCAGAGAUGUCGCAAAGCUGCACAUCCAAAAGUCCAAAUGGUCCCUGACCAAGUUCAGGCUCAAGUUCCCAUCCAUGUCCCCUUGUUUCUACUGGCUGUGGCGCAGCACUCAGAACCGCAAGAAGAAGAUGCUUGUGUCCAGCGCAGUGAUAAACCUCCCACAGAGUCUGGAGAACGCAGCAACAGAAAACAAGGUCACGGAGAGGAGUGUUGAAAGUAGUCAGCACGUGCAUCCGUUUGUUGAGAAUCCUAAAUAUCUCCAAACUUCCCCCAUGCCCUCCUUUGAUGCCCCACUUUCAAAGCACGCCCUUCACCACAAGGCACCCAUAGACGAGCGGAUGUUUGCGAUGGAUGUUGUGGCUCUGGCCAACUUCAAGGCCAAGGCCAAGCUGUUCCUGCAGCAGCGCUUCGAGGAGAAAUCAUUCCCCACAUUUAAAGAAUUCAGGUCUUACUUCCCCUUCACCCCUCGCUCCACAUACUACAUGUGGAAGCGAGCCUUGCAUCACGGGGUGUCACUGGUUCAUGGGUGACUAAACAAAGGGCUUUCUGACGCAGCACGGGAGCUCUGUUGAAGAACUUCUGGGCCCCGAACGCCUCACAUCUCUCCUUCUGUGCAUUUUACUUCAAACAUACUACCUACACUAUUUGACCUCAUGUUCCAAAGACUGUGACGUACUCUUGCUUAGCAUCUAAAUGGUUUGUGUCCCCCCUCUGCCCCACCACCACAGCUCAUUCCUCCCUCCUGGACAUUUGCACGUGUGUGAAAAGACACUGAGCCGUGGGCCCGUUUAAACCCUGCAUGUUGCCCUGCAGGCAGAAGGCAGUUCAAAGCUGUUGUUUGGUGGCUUUCUGUUUGAAGCCGAUUCUCCUCCAUUCUCCUUUUAAUCCUUGCUAAGCAUUGUACCCGGGGUCCUUUAUUUUUUCACUUUUCAUUGUAGUAAGAUUCUUAUGCCUUAAAUGUAUGUUUUUUGUUGUUGAUGCUUGAUAUUAAUCCGGGAGAAUCCUGGUGUUUUUCUUUUUUUAAUUCUUUGAAUGUAAAGAGCAGCUGGGAUUUGUUUUCAGAGAUGAGUUUACUCCCUCUCGUUCAAACAUCCUCUGCAAACAGGCUUCCAGUCAUUUUUUCCUUUUCGAUUAUUGAAUGUAAACACACUUUAUGCACCAAAGUUUUCGGUAGUUUUGUCGAGGUUUACUACUACUUCAAAAAUACCUCCUUUUCUACUGGUGAUGACCAUGAUAUUAACUGUGAGUUUUCUCACACUCACACUGUAUUUGCACUAAAAUAGUUCCCAUUACACUGUUGAAUGUCUUAACCAUCGUGCACCCUUUGGUUAGGUUUCAGUGCUAUCUAGAAAUGUUUACAGGGUUUCUUUACAUGGAAACUGAAUAUAAAUGAAGAUGUUUUAUUUUUGUACAAUCUUUCACUCCAGAGCUACCUACUGCCUCGGUAUCGAUAUCUGUCUUGAUAAGCUACGUUUGUCUGCUGCUGUUCAUUAAAUGAAGUUUGACCUCUCUUCAGUGUGUUCGCAGAGCUGCUGCUGUAACCACCCGAAACAAUAGAUCUUGGUUUACAUCUGUACUUCCUGUAUUUAUUUUUAUUUUUCAUUACACGUCCGUUCAUACUGGCAGCCUGCAUUAUAAUCAGUUUGUAGGUCAAGAAAUCUGUUCAAUAAACCGUCGU